AUCGACCACUGCGCACCGAAGAUGCGCCCGCGUGAUCCAUUAUAAAACUACUGGAUGCCGGCCAGUGGGACACCAUUUGCCAGCAGUCGUCUCACCGGUCACACUCUCUGCACCGCUAUUCGUUCAGGCACGCAGCGUCAAAUAUGAAGGCGUUCGUAGUGCUGUGUAUGGUAUUGGCUGUGGUUUCUUGUGUGGUUGUAGGUGAUUCCAACAGAAAGAGAAGGCGAGGUCCUUUGAGUAAACUAUACGGAGACGAAUCAUCAAGUGAAAGUGAAGAAUACGAACGUCGUCCUGUUAGUCCGAAGAAAAGAUACCAGCGAAAAACGCCCAGCUUCAGUGGAGGACCCAGCUACGGCACUGUCAGCUUCAGCCAUGGACUACAAAAAGGAUAUUCCAACUUGAGUGGGGGCUACGGGAAAAGUUCUGGCAGCUUCGAUGAAGAGCAUGAAGAGAGUUUUCAGUCGUCUAGUGUAAGCAAGGGAUUCGGUCAUGACUCUGGUGAUGAUGGGCAUGAAGAAGAAGGUUCCAGCCUAAGUGGAGGGUACGGGAAGAGUUCCGGAGGCUUCGGUGGCGGAUUUGGGAAGAGUUCUGGUGGCGGUGGAGGGCAUAAAGAAAGUUCUGGAAGCUUUGGCGGAGGACAUGAACUGAGUUUUGGCGGCUUUGGAGGAGGACACGGAAAAGGCUCUGGCAGUUCUGGUGGAGGACAUGGACAGAGCUUCGGCGGCUUUGACGAGGGACAUCAGCAAAGCUCUGGUGGGGGAUUCAAAAAGGGUUCUGACUCCGAUGAAGACGAUGGGCUGAGUUUUGGCAGCUUCGAUCAUGGUCAUGAGCAGAGUUCCGGCGGAUUUGGUGGAAAACAAAAGCAGAGUUCUGGCAGUUUUGGUGGAGGACACCAAAGUUUUGGAGGUUUCGGAGGUGGAAAGAGCUCUAGCAGCAUUGGCGGAGGCCAUGGGAAGAGUUCUGCCAGUUCUGGAGGAGGACAUGGUUCCUCCAGCUUCAGCUACCAAAACAUUAAGCACGUUGCCGAUCCUUUUCCAGUUAAAGUUCAAAAGGACGUUCCAGUUCCAGUGAAGGUGCCAUAUCCAGUCAAAGUAGAGAAGAGUUCCCCGCUAGUUGUAGAGAAAGAAAUUCCGUUUGUGGUGGAGAAAAAAGUGCCAUAUGAAGUCGAUCGUCCUGUCCCAUAUCCAGUAGAAGAGAAGGUCCCAGUAGUUCAGAAGAAAUACAUCAAAGUCCCAAAGCCGUAUCCAGUUAAGAUUGUGAAACCUGUUCCAGAGUAUAUCGAAAAACCAAUUUAUAUCACAAAGUAUGUGCCUGUAACAUUCCAUAUCAAGAAGAAAAAACACUGAAAAGUCGUUGUCAGCUAAAAUAAGUAAAAUAAAUU